AGCAGCGACAACAUUUUAACAAAUUUUUUCAUUUCUUUUCCUUGUUUUAACUUUUCAAUAUAUUGUUAUUGAACUUUGCUCUUUGUAAUACUUUGUACUUUGCACUUUUAUUUAGAUUGCUGUUAAUUCUUGUUUUGAAUUAUCAGUUCCAUAGUUCGAAACGUACUUGGAUAGUGGCAUAAUUACUUGAUACGGUCUACAAACCGGUUUACGCUAAAUUAAAAUUGCGUGUAUUUUAAAAAUGACUUCAGUAUAUACGACAAUAAUCUCAAGUAUCCCCUUUUUAUCUUAAAGUGUUAGUACAUUGCACUUAGAUAGCAUUUUAUUUGUAGUCGUGUUGUGUUUUUUAAACAAAUGAAGGAAAUAUUAAAAGAAUGGUUUAUGAACGCACCGUGGGGAAAAGUAGCAUUAAUAUCAUGGGGUAAUGCUAGUGGAGAGCCAGUUUUAUUUGUACAUGGAAGACAGGACAGUGCGGCAACAUUCAUACCCCUUGUAGAAUUACUUCCGGACAAAUAUCAUUAUGUAGCAGUUGAUAUGCCUGGGAAUGGGCUAUCAGAUCCAUUACCAAAAGGUGUGACGUUGGCUAGAAUAUUUAGAGUGUCUGUUGUACAAAUGAUUGUGGAGCACAUGAAAUGGACAAAUUUUAUCUAUAUCGGACAUUCCUUGGGCACAGAAAUAGGUUUAUUUUACAAUGCAGUGUUUCCCGGCAGAGUGAAGUGUGCUGUACACUUAGAUGCUGGCCCGGCCUUAAGUAGAUUGUUGAUAUCAGACUUUUCAGCACAUUUUAAUUCGUUCUAUAAAUAUUAUUACGAUAAUUAUGAAAGUAUAAAUAACGACGGUCGUGUAUUCAGUAAAGAAUCGGCGACAAAUGCUGUUAUGAAAGCAAGAAAAAUGACUAAAGAACAAGCGGAGUUGAUUUUGUCGAGAAAUUUAAAGAAAAUAGGAGAAAAUCGAUACAAGCUUUCUUGGGACAAAAGAGAGAAGAUUUUAGCACCGACUUUCAGUUCAGUAGAUUAUUAUUACGGUAUUUUCUCUAAAAAUUCUCCUCCAACGCUUUUUAUUUCUGCAAAUCAGUUUGAAGGAGGAUAUAUUAAAGCAAAAGAAUUAGUUAAACAAUUAAUAUUAGAUCUUAGUAAAAAUAAGAGUUUCAAAGUUGUGACGGUAGAUGGCGGUCAUGAUGUACAUUUUACCAAUCCAGAAAGAAUGGCGCAAUAUAUUAUUGAAUUUUUAGAUGAAACGGGAAAAGUUAAAGCGAAACUAUGAUGUUUUAAAUUGUGUGAGGUUAUGGGAAAUAUAUUGUAUCUUCUUGA